AUGGCCGCCGCGCCGGAGGUGCUCCCGCAGAGGAGAGGCGGUCCGUCAGCACCGACGUCAUCGUCGCCGCGUGGGGGCAACGGCGGCAGCGGCGGGCUGCACGCGCCGGCAGCCGGGGCGCCUCCGCUUCCCCAUCCGCAGCCGCAGCCACCUCCGCAGCCGCAGCCGCCUCCGCGCGCGCUUGAAGGCCGCGCUCCAUUAGCUCCGGCCACUUGCGGCGGGCCCGCUUCCAUGCUGCGUCGGAGCGUGACCGCCUGGCAAGCUUCGGCUCCGCCUGUACGCCCGGCGGAUGGCGACUUGACCUUCCGCCGCCGGAUCGGCCACCGCCCCUACCCACGCGUCUUACACGCAUCAUUUCGGAUGGCGGGGUGGUGGCGUAGCGGCGGAGCGGCGUCCGAGGGCUCGGUAUUGCUCGUCAGAGCGGAGGCAGGCUGCGGCGGCGGGAGAGGAGCGGCGGGAGGGGAGUAG